GCAGCAGCAGCAGCUGAGAAAUAGACCGUUUAACCCAAAUCGACCCACCCCGACGGUUAUACCUUCGCCAAAAAUAGACGAGUCCAAAAAAAUGUUGAUCCUCAGACAAAAGAAACUUCCGGCGACAAACGAAGAGCCACCACCCUCAGAGCCAACGAGAAUACCUUUGACUGCGAGCACGUCGUCGCUGGAAAAAGACCCUGAGUCAAAUAUUUUGUCCUCUCAAACAAAAUCCGACGUGCAAGAAUCGGAGGAGAGUUCGGAAAAGGAACAGGUGCAGGACCCUGCCCCCGACAAUGUCUCACUUAUAUCUUCGUCUACUGACAUUGAGCAAGACACUGAGAGUCUUUCUCCAAGCAUCCCGUCCUGCUCACCGACCGAGAAGAAGGAAUUGGUUGAAACUGGUGAUGAAGAAUGCAUAAGAAAAACCGGUGUUUCAGACUCUGAUGAACAUGUUUGUCGAAAGGAAAUAGUAUUUUCUCCUAAAAGGGGACCGGUGAUAAAAGGGAAUCACUUGGAUAGUUCUGCGUAUGAUAGUGCUCCCCCUACUAUGCCCUCUUUUAGCCAUAAAUUCACCAACUUUAAAAACAUCCUGAGUACAGAAAACCAUACAGAAUCGGUUCUUCCAGAUGUGGAAGCGAACAGGUUUCAAUCUCCUUGGAAUGAUACGUCUUCUGAGAAACCCUCCAGAUUCUCCUCUCGUUUUCCGAGCAAUCCUGAACCUAGAGUUUAUCCUGCACCUUCCGAAUAUUUACCCACCAUCAAGUCGCAGCCUCCGAAACCAAGCCCAGCUGAUCCUGAACCCGUCACUUCAACCUCAGAUUCCCUUAGCACCCCGCCUCAGAGCUUGGACGCAUCGGACAACCUCUCAGUGCAGAGUCAAAACUCAGCAACUGAUCUCGACAUCUCUCAUUCAACCUUAGCCAACGAUCAGUCUGCUUUGAGCGCAAUGGAUGUAAACAGUUCUCUCAGUCAGUAUUCAGGAAAUCCUGUAGAUUUUGCUGCUGCCGCCACUAUGUUAGGGGAAAUCCCAUGAAAGGUUUAAGAAGAGAUUUCAAGUCCCAAAGAACCUUCUAAAAAGCGAGCAACGUGUGAUACUGUUCUAUAAAGUAGUCAAGUCUAAAUGAACACUUGGGAAAAAUGUAAUCUCAAGAGCUAGAGAAAAAAACCAUACUGUAAUCGAUGACCCAUAUACGUUCUGACAAACAUAACGCAGAACAAUUGGAAUUAUCAAAUCUCUGAAACAAGCGCUAUACUGACGAUCCCCGAAAUGCCUCAUAGUUAGACGUAUAGUGGGGGUUUCCUAAAUAAAGCCAUUUGCAAACCAGAUUAUUGAGACUUCGCACUUUGUAAUGAUUCAAUUUCUCGUUAUUUGGCAUUUAUGACCAGUUCACUGUUUGUUGAUAAUAAUAACAGUUGGAUUCUUUCUCCACUCUGGGCAGAGAAAAACAUUUCAAAAAUUGCAGCUACUGGAAAUCUUCUUUUUUUUGUGAGACUUGUGUUACAUAGGGGACAUACACAACUCGCUUAUUCAUCAUAACGACAGAAGUACUCUGAAUAAACGUCUCCCUUUAGAUUCUCUCUAAUCUGGCAGAAACGUAACGCAGAUUAUGGCUUCAGAAGAAAACGGAAAGUGGCCUCAUUGCUUGACAAAAUCUGACAAUCUGAAUUCCAAACACAAAGACCGUGUGCAAACUCAAAAUCAACCUCCGAUCAGUCAGCUUUAUAACAAAUUGAAAGAAUCAGGAACAUACUUAGGGUCGGCAGCUUUUCAGUAUACCAAGAAGGCGGGCACGAGCUUGAGGACAAUUAGAGAUACAUUGUUUGAAAAGAUGCCUACCCAGAGAAGUUUGGAGCAGCAAAAUGUCAGCUGCCAAACCCCUUCUUGUGGGCCUACGUGCUGUGAUUCCGGAGAUGAAUGGCCAGAUUGGACACCGCAUCCUGUGUAUCCCGUAUCUUCCAAUCCUCCACAGUGCAUUCCUUGCUCGUGUCCUGUUAGCCUGCCUGGUCCCUCUCCCCCACGAUCAGAGAGUUACUUCUUUAGCACUCAGAACGCCCCUGCAACAGUGUACGUGUAUCCACUUCCGCCUCCCCCUCCCCCUCCUCCCCCUCCCCCUCCUCCUUUUCUCCCUCUUUAUCCAGUGAUUAUCCCAGACGAUCGUCAUCGUGAUCAUGCUAACAGCAAUGAUGUCCCGACACCGUCCUUUGCCUUUACUACAGCACAAUUCUGUCCAGAAGUUAAGCAGCCUCGAAUUUCUGACACGUUACUCUGUGGGAGGAGUUCAGAUCAAUUGAUGAAAGAACAACCUGUUUUCCAAACUACAAGAGGUCAUGACAGUCAGCCAGAGAAAAAAGUAUCUCACUCUUCCAAACGGAUUUCGAACAACCGUGAACAAAGCAAAGGCCUUAAAAGAACCAAGAAAGAAGACGCGAAGUGGAGUGCAGAUGACCAGCCCGGAGGGUAUACGUUGAGAAACCCAUUUCGCAAAUUUCACAACCAUGUAAAUGUGUGUACCGGCCAACCCAGCACAUCUCUGAAACUCCCGCUUGAGAGGUCAUGCACCCCUGAACCCACGCCGUAUUGUCCCUUUACGAACCUGCAGGCCACUGGGAGUGAGACCGUCACCUCAAAUCCUUUUCCUAAGAGAAGACAGAGCGAGGAGAAGAAACCUGGGGAAGGCCACAGACCUUUUGUAAAUUGUUCAAGUAAUGAAGUCAGUAAUGCUGAUGUUCCCAGAACUUGGAACCAGGCGGAUUGCGAGUGUCAGUGCGACUACCAAGUCGAAGACACCCAAGCUACCGUCGAGCGCAGGACUACCGUUAUAAAAAGCAUUUUCGUUGAGGUGACCAGAACGUCCAAACGAAAAGGUAAAAACAGAAAGAAAAUUGGCCUCUCGGUGAGUCUUGACGAUAGCGCAGGACCUGAAUGUGCUGCUCUAAAUUGGAAAACUACUGCCGCUCAGACUAGCGUGAUGGAAGAAACAGUAGUUGACUGUACACGUCAGGGUCUCACAGAGACAUGUCAAACACAGACAGUGGCAGUGGAAUCUGAGGGAUUACGGGGAAUUGAAAACUCGAACGUGAAAGAGCAAAUGGGCAGUAAUGUAUGCACCGAUCAAGCAGUUACAAUACUGCAGUCUUCGAAAAGAUUAUGUAGUUCAGAACACACAUUUGAGUUCACCAGAGGAGACGAUAUUAUACCUACAGUGGAAGCUGUCCCCCAAGAAGUUUUAAGUCAAGAAGGCAUACUGUCUACGUGUGCGAAGCAAACUUGGCCCCAUAAGGAAGCCCCCGAUUCGUAUGGCCAUGGCAGUGUUGCGAAUGAGACAGGUUUGAGAAAAGAGAGCCAUUUCCUACUUGCAAAUUUGACAUGUAGGAAUUCUCAGGACCAAAUAAAGAAUUAUUUCGUUCCAAACGGAGAUGUUUGCCCUUGUAACCCGAAUGUUGGUAGCACUUCAAGCAUUGAAGCACGGCCUAUAAGCAUGACCAUCUGUGGGAAUGAAGUCACAAAUGAGGGGUCUACAAUUAAUAUAUGUUCCUGUUGGGAUGAAACCAUUACUGAGGGCUGUACAAAUACGCAUGCUAAAGGGGAAAAAAUCACCAAUACGAGCUCUACACAAUCCUUAGCUCGCCGUCCCUUAACUCCAAUUGCACAGCCAGUAGAUGUGUGCGGGUGCAGUGCACGUAAAGAUACAAGUAUCACUGCGUUCUCCAGAGAGUUGUGUGUGGGUAAUACAAACACCGACCCAAGCACCAAUUCACUUCCAAGAAAUCCAUGUGACAACAGCACAUACAGGGGUUUACCCAUUACUGCGUUCCCUCAAAAUCUGUGUACCGACACCUUCUCAACUAACCACUGUUCCUGUAACCCCCCAGCCACUACUGCACACUCUUCACAUGCGUGUGUCCCUGACGACCCUGCCGCUUGUCCAUGCCGUACGAAGCGGUUUCCUAUCCACGAAGCAAACGUCUCUUUUUAUUCCAAAAAGAUGUGUAAUGCCAGUGUUGAAACCACCGAUAUGGACAUCACAAACCUCUUCUGCUGCUCUAAACCAGCCCCGAACACUACAGAAGACAGUGUUCUUCGAGAUAGACCAAACUGUGCGCGUGAAACCAAGUUUUGCGUCGGUCACGACACACUUGUUCGAGCACGUCUUAAUAAUAAGGACAGUAGUGAUUGUGACUGUGAAGUAGAGGAUACGCUCUCUCGUUAUCAGACUGUUUGUCGUGAUUCGAUGUUAGAUUCAAAACGCUCUAAAUCGUCAUAUGUAGGUCGAGAUACCUGCACGGGUGCAUGCUUCCUCAGAGAGUCAGUCGUAGAUCGAACCAUACCUGUUGACGUCCUUGCUAAAAGUUACUGUCGCAAUAAUGAUCGAUUCACAAACACGAGAGCAUACGAUGGUACGUCCUUCUGUCCCAAGCCGAAUAAUGAUCUGUGGCCAUUGCAUUCAAAAAGUAGCUGUGACUCGACCAUAGGCAACCAAUCAAGCCGUGAUGAGGAUGAAUCACACCUGUUCGUUACUGCUAACAGAAUAUUAACCUGUGUAAACGGUGAUGGCAUUAUUGGGAAAACAAUGCAAACAACAACAGCAGUAAAGAGUGAUUUACGAUUAGAAGACAUUGCCGUGCAAGUAAGCAAAUGUUGUUUAUUGGAUACGGUAUCUUUAAGGAAGGACAACAUACAAAAUAGGAAAAGCAGCCUCGGUGAACGAAAAACAUGGAUUCGCGAAAGAAAUAAAGUAAGCAAGGUCCCGAAGCAAAACGACCACUUAGGAAAUACUUCGUGUCCUUGUUAUAAAAACGACUCCCUUCUCACAUCUAACCCCACCCAACCUCAUUCUGAAACUGAGCUCUCAAUGUCAUGGUCUAUUGAUUGUGCAUCACAAUCCAACUCUUGGUCAUUGUCUUCUGAUCGAGACUUAAAUUUUUGUUCGAGCCGAACAAAGAAUUUGCAGCGGCAGUGGCGAGACACUGAAGUUUCCACACAGGAGUAUUUUCCUAGUUGUUGUCAUGACUCAAAUACAUUACCUGAAGCACAGAAACUAUUAAAGAAUUGUAGAAAAUCACACUUUAUAUCUAGGACCUCCAUUUAUAAGAAAUUGAAACAAGUAUGCAGGAAGUUGAAAAGAAGGGAAAAUGACAUAAUCAAAACAUUCCCCCGUAGUUCAGAGUUGGCGGUCUCUACGUCAAAAGUAUGUUCAAAUGUUAAGUUGGGCAACAAAAGUCUCAACAAAGCGCCAAGCAGUGGCGAGUCAGGCACACCAGUUGUGUCAGCACCAUGUCUUUCCAAAGAAAUGAUCUUUACAGAAUCAAAGUGUCGUCCAUGUGAGACACGUGAGAGACAUUUGUAUCCUUUCUGUAGUAUUCCGGGCUCGUCGUGGAAGGUGUCAGCAACACAGAAAGUUGAAGCACACAGCAAAGCAAAUCGCAGCUAUGAUAAGCAGAGAAAUCAUUGUAAAACAAGCAAAGCUGAAAAGUGCCCUACAGAUGCCAAUAAAGCCUCCCUUGACAACACCCCUGCACAAAAUAGGCUGCCAUGCACACGCGAAACCAAACCUGAAGACAGGAAAGAAGCUAGUCCUUGCCAAGCAAAAGAUAUCGUCACGAGCAAGACUUUUAGUAGCAAAAAACUACCGCCCACAUCAUCAAGCAGCUCCAGCUGCAGUUGGCCAAACACAAAUUUCGCAAACUUCCUGGCACCGCCAUGUUCUGAGGUACAAAAAGGUAGACGCAAGCCUAACGAACAUGAACGUGAAGAAAACCCUGUAGCAAAUUCUUCCAAUCUCUGUGUAUCUGUUGGGUACGACAUCGAUCUGCAUGGCAGUGUGGGACUUAACGACGCUUCUCUGUACCGAUCGUGUUACGACUGUUUGACUAGACGUCAUGUUUGUCUUUCAAACUUCGGAGAUAAGAAGCCGGAUGUAAAAGACGCUCAAGCAUGCGAUAACAAAGGAAAGAUAAUAUCUUGCCCAUCCUGUUACACCAGAAUUUCCCAAGCAAAGUGUAAAUGCACAUCAGUUUCUGCACAAUCAAAAAAUGUUAUUUUGGACGGCCACGGGAACGCCAAAGCAAGACAAGAGAAUGGCCAAAACAAAGCAAUAGUCUCAAGUCAUCUUUGUAGUGGCUUAAAGACUGAAAAGACCGCUUGCACAGACAUAAAUUGCAAGCCAAAAAAGGUUCAGAACUCUUUGGUGAAGCCGUCAGGUUUACCUCUAUAUCCCAUGUCCGUCUCAUGUUGUCCUGCUGCACUGCUAUGUGCUACUUCUCAACCUGCUACUUCUCAACCUUCAAAUUCACGACCUGCUACUUCACGACUUGCUAAUUCACGACCUGCUACUUCACGACUUGCUAAUUCACGACCUGCUACUUCGCGACUUGCUAAUUCACGACCUGCUACUUCGCGACCUGUUACUUCGCAACCUGCAUCGUCACCUCUGGAGUUAUCACUACCUAGAAAAUCGCUACCUUCAUCAUUAAUCACUGCCACAUUGCUACCAGCUCCGUCUCUUCAAGCAACACCGUUACUUGCAACUAUGAUACCUGCUACAUCAUUUCAAGUAGCUCAACAUGCUGAUUCGUUGUUGUGUCCUUCUUCCGUACCAACUGCGCCCGUAUCCUCUUCAUAUCUUUCUCUUUCGUCCCAACCCACCUCAUCUUUAUCGGUAAGUGUGGAGACAAUUUCUAAACUUUGUUUUGCUGGUUCUGAAAGUUCCUCUGGGAGAUGCGAAGAGGUUUCUCGUCGAGGUCAUAAUAUCAGCAGGUUGGUAAAAUAUUUGGCUAUUCUUAGACGGAAGCUAAAAGAGCUUGAGAAGGCACUGGAUGGAGAAGCACGAUACACUGCCUACAAAAGAAGCCAACGGCAAAAAGGAAAGCAAAGAGAGUUGAAAAGAAAAUGUGUUCGAAACACGAACGAGCAGUUGGCGGACUGGAGAACAAAAGAUGUCAGUAUACAGACUAUAUUGUAAUCGAGUGGCUUUAUGCCAGCAAUUGAAUGCACAUUAGGCGUAUUGUGAUAAACCGCAAAUCCAAAGGGUUGGAAAUGUAAUUGAUCCUCUCCUUGUAAGCAUUCACAAUGACCUGAUCAAGAGAGAUCUUUUAGGGACACUUUGGCCAACAUUUGCAACUGUCAAUUGACUCUUAACAAAGUGAAAGAAAGCACUUCUUGUUUAUCCUAUUCUAAGAAGAGUCCAGAGCAGCUCGGUGUCAAUACCAGUACCCUUUAUGUCCGAAACGCCACCUGGGAAAGUUGUAACGGGCAAAGAAAUACUUCAUUUGUGACCCUUGCGGCAAUACAAAUCUUAGGGUCUUAAACACUUACCUGUCAAAACGCCCGGGCCGUAUUAAUGCAUUCCACAAAAUGCAAUCAUAAGAAGUCACAUUAAUUGUUGAAUUAAAUUCUCACUCAAAGGUACACUAUCUUAGUUCCCAUGGGGAGUUUUGAAUGAAAAAUAAAGGCUAGUCAUUCCUUCAGGACUUAUCAGUUGAUUGAAACACUCCAUCCUUUUUUUUCUUAAGUCAUAAUAAACUGAACAUGAUCGUGACAAAUAUUCUUUCUUCU